AGUCCAUUUUCGAUUUGUAUAACCCUGGUGUGUAGUUUUGUUUUGAUUUUAUUUUUUAUCGCUCGUUAUUUCAUUCUUGCUUAACCGCACUGGUUUCUGGCAGUAGAUUUGUAAUCUCAAAAAUGUUCACGCUAUUGAGAAUCCAGCGUAAAUUUGAUAUCUUUCAGAUAUCAAACAAACAGAAGAUUAUUUCAAAAUUUUCUUCAUACAACAAUGUUACAAAUGCUGAAAAGAAUAUCUCGGAUGCCCUAAAUAAUCAGGCCUUUGGUCAACCUGUUCAUUCAACUCACCCUCAUAUAGUAAAUAAAGAUGAAUUAGUUCCAGGCUUAAAAGUGGAGGAAUUUCAACAGCGAAGAGCACGUCUUCUUAAUGGGGUUCAAAAAUAUGCUGCUGAUUAUUUGAAGGAAAAAUGUGGCAACCGUAACCAUUUGAUUAUUAUUCCUUCAUCUACUAAGAAAUAUAUGAGUGAUAAGAUACCGUACAUUUUUAGACAAAACAGUGAUUUUUACUAUCUGUCAGGAUGUUUAGAGCCGGAUACGAUUCUUGCGAUGUACAUCGACGAAACAGGAAAUACAAAAUCUUUGAUGUUUAUGAGGCCGAAAGACAAACAUGUAGAGCUGUGGGAGGGACCAAGAACUGGAGUGGAUAUGGCUGUUGAAUUAUUUGGGUUGGAUGAGGCAUACCCCGUUGACUCAUAUGAAAAUGAGCUGAAAAGGCACAUAGAAUUUAAAAAGCCUCUAAUUUGGUUCGAUGCAAAGUCAUGUGAAUUACAAAACAUUGGAGAGAUUACUAAAAAAAGCUCAAGUUCCUUAUUCGUAGAGUCGCCUUCUGCUAUAAUACAAGGAAUGAGACUUUUUAAGUCUCCCUCAGAACAGCAUUUAAUGAGAAGAACAUGUGAAAUAGCAUCUCAUUCAAUUAAUGAAGUAAUGAGUGAAUCUCGGCCGGGUCAUUCAGAACACCAUAUUUUCGCAAUGAUUGACUUCAAAUGUAGAAUGCGAAAUGCUAAUUAUUUGGCCUAUCCACCCGUUGUUGCUAGUGGGAACAACGCAACAACAAUACAUUAUAUAAAUAACACCCAACUAUUGAAGUCGAAUGACUUGUUGUUGAUGGACGCCGGUUGUGAAUAUGCAGGGUACACGAGUGAUAUAACGAGGACAUGGCCAGUAAGUGGUGAAUUCACAGAGUCCCAAAAAAUUUUGUAUGAUGUUGUCUUGCAGCUACAGAAAGAGUUAAUUGGGACCCUUUUAAAUGAAGGCGGACAAACAUUGGAUCAUUUAUUUGACACAAUGUGCCUACGGCUGGGGAAAUAUUUGCAGGAGAUUGGUUUGGUGCCAAAACAUAUAACUGAUGUUGUCGGUCUCACGAGGGCUGGAUAUCAAUUUUGCCCACAUCACGUCUCUCAUUACUUGGGAAUGGAUGUGCACGAUACACCACUAAUGCCUCGAUCUCUAAAACUUUUGCCUGGAAUGGUUUGCACUGUUGAACCUGGAGUUUAUAUAUCGAAACACAGGACCGAUGUUCCUAAAGAAUUUCGCGGAGUAGGCAUUCGAAUCGAAGAUGAUAUUUUAAUUAAUAGCGAUAACAAGGUAGAGGUUCUGACAUCUGUUUGUUGCAAAGAAAUAUUUGACUUGGAAAACUUACAAAAAAAGAAAGAAAUUGAAAAGUAGGUUUUUGAUACAUAAUUUAUUGUUUCUUGUUAAAUGACUGUUCAACUACAGACUGUUUAUAGAAUAAAUUAGUUUGAAAAAAUAAAAUAAAUAAAUAAAUAAAAAAAUAUAAAAA